AUGCUCAUUUCAGUUGUGUCAAUGCCUCCGGCAGCAGGUGGCCCGAGACCUGAGCCCUCCCCAGGGCCCCCACCACCCCUGCUGCCCAAACCUGGAAAGGACAACCAGAGACUUCAGAAGCUACUGAGAAAAGCUGCUCGGAAGAAGAUGGUGGGCACGACUCCCACCCCACCGGGGGCCUUUCGUACCUCCCUGUCCCCCGUGAGUGAGGCCAGUCAUGACCUGGAGCCUACAAUCCUGCCUCCUGCUGAAGCCCCUCACACGGUGACUCCCUUACCCCGCUCCCCACACACUCCCAUUAUUCAUCACGUGGCCUCACCCCUGCAGAAAUCCACUUUCUCUUUCAGCCUUCCCCAGCAAAGAUCUCUGGCCACUCAUUUCAAGGCACCUCCUAGUCUUGACGCUCCAGCCCUAGAAACUGCUGGGCCCCGCGGUGGCUUUGCCCAUGUAUCUGCCCCUACAGCAAGUGGUACCCACAUUACCCAAGUGCAUAUCCGGCUGUCACCAUCCUUGCAUACUGGGACUUCUGAGUCCCCCAGGAUGGGCCUGGAUGGAGAUAAAGGCCCGUAUCCUUCUAGCACCCAGUCUGUCAUCCCAGUAGCACAUAUUCGCCCACUGCCCUCUGGGGUUCAGGCAGCCAGUCCUGGGCCCGAGGAGGCCCCUGUAACGAGGCCACCACCCAGCUUUCAGGCCUCAGUAUCCAGAGAAGCUGGUGCUAGGGUGGUGGUGCCCAUAGCCCCUACAUACCGCUCACCUGGGCCCUCACCUUAUAGCCCAGCUCCUGUAGCUCCUGAAACAGAACGUCUGGAGGAGCUACCUAUAGCCAGGCCUGCUAUGGAGCCCAAGCAUGUCUCCAGCCUCCCUGAAGCCUCGGGUCUCUCAGGCCUCCACCCAUGCCCUGUUCCCAAAGUUGCACCCAAGCCCUGCCUUAGUGGCUGGACACGUCUAAAGAAGCAGCUCAUGGAGGAGCCAGAAGAGCCUAUGUUUCCAGAGUUGAAGCAGAGCCUAGAGCCCACGCAGCCAGAGAGGUCAGCCCCUGUGGGCCCACAGCCCCCUGCCUCCCGGGCCUCCAGGAUGUGGGAUGCAGUGCUGUACCGCAUGUCACUGGCUGAGUCCCAUAGAGGCCACCCCGUGGGGCCUGGGGAUGGGGGGCGCCCCCUGGCCUGCCUCAGCCACCUGCCUUUUCUGUGUCGACCUCGAUUCAACGCCCGGAAGCUACAGGAGGUUGCCAGGCCCUCUCCUACCCUCCACCCCAUUCUGGAGCUGCAUUCCCGGCCCAAGAACUUCAAUCGGACAGCAGCAGGUUGGAGGCUGCAGUGA